AUGUUGAUCAAAUUAUCCGGGUUGGUCCUAUUGGCCAUAUUAAACUCUACUUCUGCAAAGGAAUGUACUUUGAAUGGCUUCAAUGCAACAGUUGGAGGACGCAUCAAACAUCUUACUCCUUUUUCCUUGCCCUGCUUCUCCAACUAUAAUGGGAAACCGGUCGCCCGUGACGAUUCUGUCUGUGCUACUAUCCAGGAGAACUACUCGGACCCAUGGAUGCGAACAAAUUCUCCUAAUGGCUACAUGAAUAACCAGGAUGAGAUGUGGGCAUCUGAUCCUAGUGACCAGUGCCUUCUCGACAGCAGUAAUCCCACUGAUCCCCUGGCAUUCGUGAACACCACUUGCCGUCAAGGCAAUCUACCCUCUCACUAUCUGGAAGUGCAGGGCGCAAAGGAUGUGAUUGAAGCUUUCAAGUUCUCAAACUGCUCCGGCAAGCAGCUCGUUAUCAAAAAUAGUGGCCAUGAUUACCUCACCCGCAGCAGUGGCCGUGAUACGCUAUCUCUUUGGACCCGAAACCUGCGAUCUAUGCACUACAGUGCAGACUUCGUUCCCUGCGGCUCCAAGAACACCGCUCACAAAUAUCAAGCUAUCACCGUCGGUGCCGGAGUCAACUUCGAUGAGGCGUACGUAUUUGCGCAGAAGAAUAACGUAACCAUUCUCGGCGGCUACUCAUCCACUGUCGGUGUCUCCGGUGGCUGGGUACAAAACGGUGGCCAUUCCAUCUUGAGCCCCGUGUACGGUCUUGGUGUUGACCGUGUUCUCGAGUUCAAGGUUGUUACCCCAGAUGGUGUGUACCGCACCGCCAAUGAAUUCCAGAACCCUGACCUCUUCUGGGCCCUCCGCGGUGGCGGUGGUGGAACCUUUGGAGUCGUCCUCGAAAGCACUCACCGUGUCGAGCCUGCUAUCCGCUUUGUCUCUGCCAACAUCAAGUUCCCCAGCAACUCCACCAACGUGCUUCCAUUUAUGGAGAUCGUCGUCAACAACACCCUCAAGUGGGGUCAGGAAGGAUGGGGCGGCCACAUCACCGGCAACACGCUUGUCAAUGUCUCUCCUUUCCUUUCCAUCAAGGAAGCCACGGCCUCUCUAGCAAGCGUGAUCGCCUACGCCGAAGCAAACGGGGGUUCCGCCAUCAUUGAAGAGUUCACCUCUUGGUACCCUUUUUACGAGAAAUACGUCAAGACCAGCUCCGUCGCUGUCGGUGUCACUCGCUUCCCCGGAAGCCGACUGAUCCCCCGCUCCAUCUUCAAGACCACUGAGGGCCGCAAAAACCUCAUGGAUUACUUUGCAACCAUUCAAUCACUGGGCCAGACCCCUUACAUCCCCGUCGUUGGACCAGUGUUGUACAACUACACCGAAGGAUCGACCAGUGCUUCUCCCGCCUGGCGUGAGGCUAUUUGGGAGUUGGGAUCUGGUGCCUCCUGGGAGUGGAACGCUACUCUUCCCACCCGGAGACAGAAGAUUGAGUCCAUUCAGAGAAUGACGGCGAUUAUUGAGGGCAUUACCCCUGGCAGUGGUGCAUACAGCAACGAAGCCAACCCGUUCACGAUUAACUGGAUCAAGGCGUGGUGGGGUGAUAACUAUGAGAAAUUGCUGAGCAUCAAGAAGAAAUAUGACCCCAUGGGUUUGUUGAGUUGCUGGAAGUGUGUUGGCUGGAAGGAGUCACAGAUUGCCGAUUCGUCCUUCGCUGGGCUUCUUUGA